UAAUAAAGAACCAGUGAGAAAUCAGGAUUUAAUUAAAAAAUUAAAAAAACUUAUCGAUAAUAGAAUAGGAUCGGUUAAAUUAGUCCAUGUACGUGGUCAUCAAGGUAAUCAUGGCAACGAACAAGCAGACAAGUUGUCUAAAAUAGGUUCUUUUAAAGAUGAGAUUAUUGAAAAAAAACGAGAAAGUUAUUCAUCGAAAUACUCUUGA